AUGAGCAUGAUUUCAGCUGCAACAACAGUGGUUGUGCAUCCGUUGGUGCUGUUGUCGGUGACGGAUCAUGCAUCGCGUGUGUCGAUCAGCUCACGGAAACGAGUAGUCGGCGUGCUGCUGGGUCAGGACAAUGGCAAGUCUGUCAAUGUGGCGAACAGUUUUGCCGUUCCAUUCGAGGAAGAUGAGCAUGAUCCAAAGACAUUGUUCCUGGACCACGACUACAUUGACGGCAUGCUCGAGAUGUUCAAGAAAGUGAACGCACGUGAGAAGAUGAUUGGGUGGUACCAUACCGGACCGAAGUUGCGGUCGUCAGAUCUCGAGAUCAAUGAGCUGAUAAAGCGAUUUACUCCGCGGCCUGUCAUGGUAAUAAUUGAUCCGCAACGAGACGACGUAGGCAUUCCCACUGAUGCCUACGUGGCCGUCGAGGAAAUCAAAGAUGACGGCACUGCCACACAGAAGACGUUUAUGCAUGUCCCAUCAACCAUUGAAGCAGAAGAGUCGGAGGAGGUAGGUGUUGAGCACUUGCUGCGUGAUAUUCGCGAUACCACCACCAUGGGCUCUCUGUCGGACCGAGUGUCUCAGCAGCUAGCGUCGUUGCAUGGCCUACACCGUCGGCUCAUGGAUAUUCGAGACUACCUUCAGGCAGUGCUGCGUGGUGAACUGCCUGUGAACCAUGAGAUUGUGUAUGAGCUGCAGAAUGUGUUUAACUACCUCCCAGAUCUCGAGAAGCCCGAGACUGUGCGCAGCUUCCGUGUCGCAAACAACGACCGCCUGCUGAUUGUAUACCUGAGCAGCCUGAUCCGUUCUGUGAUUGCACUGCAUGCGCUUGUGAAUAACCGCCUUGAAAUGGCUCGGGGCGAACACAAUACUGAUGAGAAGAACGGCACUGACGAAAACAAAGAUAAGAAGCUGGAUGACCAGGGUGGAUCGGUCCCCAAGGAGUCGCCACAAACGAAAGACUCUUUAGAAAAAAAGUAG